UUUUGUUUGUUUGCAUCCACCAACACAUGAAUAUUAGAUGCUAGUUUCCAAUUUGCACACUAAUAAAGAGACCGUUUUGCACUUAGAAUUUCUCUUUGAAACCAUUAUAAAAUAAAAAUAAAUAUAACAUUGUUAUACUUAUGUUAAUUUCGUUUAUCUACUAAAAUAGUUUUAAAAUAUUAUGCGACAACACUAAUAUAUACAAUGUUACCAUAUUAAAAAAAAAAAUUUGUUUCAUUCUUAGGUCAUUGCUUCGUUGUAGACAGUUUUAAAUUUAUUCAUGUUCAAUAGUUAUCUUUUGGGUAUCUAAAAUUUUCGUUGUGUGUAAUUGUUUGAAUAAAAUUAAUGUAGACGUUGAUUUUAAUAAAAAUCAAUACUACGACUUAGUUUAAUUAUGUAUAUGACAACCCUAAAGGGUCGUCGUACUUGUUGACAGUAUUUUCAACCAAUGGUGCAAAGUGAAAGUAGUGACGGUCGACGGGGAUUGGCUAAAACAAUGUCAAAUACCAAAAUACUUUCAUCGAGUGCGUGACGUAAAAAAUCAUCUGCAAAACAAAAUGGCCGUUCACCUGUCCAAGGCGUGUCGCGGAUUUUAACGAGUUAUCUCUGGCGAAUUACCAUUGAACUUCAGUGAAAAGUUACGGUGUUAUCGCUGCUGGAUGUCUUCCAGACGCAAUGGGUCCGUGUCCAGGGCUGCAGAGACAGCAUCAAAGAACCGUCUGCACAUGGACCGGAAUCCACAACAUAGCCGGAUUACUGAUCCCUCCAACCCCGCCGGCCGUCGCAAGGAGAUCGACAACGUGAUGAAGCGAGCGAGACAAGCGUCCCCGGGUAGCUGGGACAGGAAACUCCUCGAGGUGGAAGAGAAGGACCCCAACAGAUGGCGCCACACUGGCUACAAGCAGAUGUACCUGAACGGCUCGGGGUCUGUGUCGCCGCGACGAUCCAGGUCUCCCAGACCCAAGAGGUCCAGGUCACCGUUACCGCGUCGUUCCCGUUCGCCCCGAGUUUCCCGUUCUCCCCGCCGCUCGCGUUCCCGUUCGCCCCGCCGCGAGCAAAGGCGCAGCCCUAGGCGUACACCGAUCAGACGCAGCCCCAUAGUGCCCCCUCGUCGUCGAUCCCGGAGCCCCCGGCCCCGAGCUAGGCCUCCGCCCCGGGCUCCCGUCAGACCGCCUUCCCCGCCGGACCCGAGAAAGUCAUCCGGAUCUGGGUCUUCGGUCAGCAGUUGCUCGGACGAGUCUUGCUCUGUGUGCUCCGCUAAGAACAAGAAAACAGCACCCAUACCACCCAAGCCGGUGAAACCAAGACCCCGUUCCGGCUCUCCCCGUCCGGCCCCGCGUCCGGCUCGCGCCGUACAACCCACGAGGGAACUGCUGAAGGCCAGGGAGGCCAGCAAGCGGACUAGGGAGGAGAAGGUAUUGGAAUGGCAGCGCUCCCAGCUAGCGGCGCGCUCGGCCCCCGCGCCGGCCCCCCCGCCCCCCGCGCCCGGCCCCCCCGCGCCCCCCGCCGGGCCCCCCGCCACGCGCAUCAAGCGCGAGGGGGAGAGGAGGCCCCGCCCCGUGUCCCCCGCCGCUAUAGCCGCCGCUUUAAAUGAAGACGACUCCAGCGACUCCGGGGACAGUUCCACGGAGCAGCCGCAGAGGUUGACACUCUCCGAAAGAUUCGGCAAAAUGGCCCAAUGGUCCGCGGAUCGUUCGGCUCGCCUCGAAAACAUGAAAAUAACCAGACGCGAGGCGACGUUACAUGUGCGGAUAGAAAGGGAUCCCCUGCAGCCGCGGUCACCCAUCCGGGACCCCAACGCGCCUGAGGCCUACCCUGGCUUGGAACCAGCUCCCGUUGGCAGUUAUCCAGAAGAGCUUCUGGCGGCCGCUCCGGGAGGUUUACCGUCCUGGGACGACGUCAGGGUCCGCUACGAUUACUACAAGAAGAGGGGGUAUCUCAGAGGCUUGACUCUGAGCGACUACGUGAAAUGGGAAGAGUGGUGGUACAAAUACCAGGAAUGGCUCAAGCGGGAACGUGCCUACGAACGCUGGGCUGAGGGGGAGGUGGGAACGGUCCGUCGCGAGAGGCGUCGUCGAGGCGGCCGUCACAGAAGAAGCUGAGGGCACGCCGCCCCCGCGGCCGUCCACAGUGUGGACCUGGCCGCUGGGGCGCCCCGUCUGUAGAUGUCGCUCCCGAUCCACCCACGUGAGUCCUAACAUAUAGCCGCAUAUAUAGAUAUAUAGCCCGAAAGUGUAGCUCUCCAAUGGUGAAAGAAUUUCGAAAAUCGGUCGAGUAGUUUUCGAGUUAUUUUGAUGGAAACUUUGGUGAAAGAAUUUCGACCUCGGCGUGGACUUUGCUGCUAGGGCGCCCCAUCCGUAGAUGUCGCUCUGUAUCCACCCACGUGAGUCCAAACAUAUAGCCGCAUAUAUAGAUAUAUAGCCCGAUAGUGUAGCUCUCCAAUGGUGAAAGAAUUUCGAAAAUUGGUCCAGUAGUUUUCGAGUUAUUUCGAUGCCAACUUUGAUGUAAGUAUUCUCGACUCCUGGCGCCGUCCACAGCGGGGCGCCCCGUCUGUAGAUGUCGCUCCCGAUCCACCCACGUGAGUCCAAACAUAUAGCCGCAUAUAUAGAUAUAUAGCCCGAUAGUGUAGCUCUCCAAUGGUGAAAAAAUUUCGAAAAUCGGUCCAGUAAUUUUCGAGUUUUUUUGAUGCAAACUUUGGUGAAAGAAUUGUCGACUCCUGCCGCCGUCCACAGCUUGGCUCCCCGUCUGUAGAUGUCGCUCUGUAUCUACCCACGUUAGUCCUAACAUAUAGCCGCUUAUAUAGAUAUAUAGCCCGAUAGUGUAGCUCUCCAAUGGUGAAAGAAUUUCGAAAAUUGGUCCAGUAGCUUUCGAGUUAUUUCGAUGCAAACUUUGAUGUAAGUAUUCUCGACUUCUGGCGCCGUCCAUAGCGGGGCGCCCCGUCUGUAGAUGUC